AUGGAGGAUGAGCAGAGUAGCCUUCGGGACAUGAUGGACCGCUUGCGGUUCGCCACAGGGAAGGUGGCAGCGGCCCCCGUGCAGGAGGUGACUUCCACCCGCAUAGAUGAGAAGUGCUUACUUGUCAUCCGCCAGGUUCUUUGUCGCCACCCCGCCUUAGUUGCCAUCCAUAAAACGCGCGAUGAGUUGAAGAGGCAGCUGAUGGAUCAGCUGCAACACACUCUUCAGGUGGAGAACACGGUGGCGGACGAUGUGGGUCGAAUGUUGGUAUGGAUGAAUGAGACGUCAGAGACACUGGAGAUGGAACGGCUCUCUGCGGUGUACAGUGACGUGGAACAAGCGUUUGGCGAGGCCCGCCAGCGGAUGCUGGAUGAUUUAGGAAUCGAAGCAUUACCGGAAUUUUCGCAGUAUAGUGUUGGAGACCUCUCACCGUGGAAUGUGUUGUUUCCCCUUGUGACGGGACCGCUGCUAACUCUGGAUGAAUCAAAAUACAAGCGGGCGGAGGUGCAACUUCCAAACCCCACGCCAUCGAUGAUAACGGACCUCAUUGAGGUAAAUAAAAAUGUUUACAGUGUUUCAUCCUGGAUAUCACUGCUAAAUUCCUUGGAUGAGUAUCCUAUCAACGCGGUCCGGCACGUUUGGCAUGCAGCCACCUUUUUCUUUCCGACGAGUGGACCCCUCGUCACGUAUUAUUUACGUAAGGAAAUCAAUGAGGUUGCAAAGGGCCGGUACUUGUGGGAUGAGCGGCACGAAGACGACGCAAAGGAAACCUAUCGUUCGUACUGUCGAGUGUUGAACUGUUUCUUCCGUCACCUUCCACUUUGCUUUAGUGUUGAGCUGUACCGUCUGUUUGUUGAUUUCCUGGAGGUUUACAUAAAACCGGACGACUCAGGGAUGGAAAAUGUGUUCACCACCGCGUUGCAACGGGACGUUGGGCAUUGUCCAGCGAGUACAGAUAUAUGGAAGAAAUUUCUGCGCUGGAAAGGCGACAAGAUACUUGACAUGUACCAACGGCGUGAGUGGGUGAGGAAGCUGUACAUCAGGAUGCUUCGCACGCCCCUGCAGGAACUUCAGGAGGUUAAGGAAGACUAUGACUACUUCGUGAAGACGGAAUACCGGGGCAGACCUCCACCUGAAGGACGAGUGGAAGAGAGGUUUGUGAGGGCGAGAGCUGCCGUGGCGGAGCUCAACAAGUUGAUGGGAUCGGUUGGUGGUUUUUCGUCUCAAAGCAGCUCGACUCGUAAUCUCUUGCCAAAGGCAUUGUACCUCCCACGACCCGUUCGGCUGCAUGUGGACGGCGCUUUCGACGUGAGGGAUGAAAAGGAGGAACACAUGCAUCGAUCCGAGGUGGAGGCGUGGUUAGUAUGGUCUACCAUCAUCGAGCGUGAGAGCAGCACUUCUGCUUACGCAGGCAUCGAACUUUUCGGCUACGAACGGGUUCGCUUUUUUCUAUUGAUGCGGACUAGUAUAUUCCCUCAUGAGCCGUUAUGCUGGUGUAAUUACGCGGAUUUCUGCCUGGAGAAGCAACCGCUUCUAUCCGAGAGAGAACGGCGAGUGAUGGUGCGAGAUGCUCUGGAGAGGGUCUCUUACCUACUACCCGGGAACUUCUACAUGCGCGUGGCGUACUGUGAUUAUAUGCUGAACAACCUUGGUGACCCGGAGUGUGCCCACCGCAAAAUGAAAGAGCUUCUGAUGCAACAACGAAACAUGGUCGUGGAUUAUGUGAAAGGUGAGUCGCUUGCGGGCACUGAUGCUGUUGUGUCGGCUCUCGAAAAAGUAACACUUCUCUCCGUAAACUGGAUGCGGUGGGGUAGUAUAAACCGAGAAGUAACUAAUACACAGUUCAUACGACUUGUCGCGCGGUUCACAAUGCAUCGUGUGGAUUUUCUUUCUCUCAUUAUGGGGGUUGUGCGUCGCGCUGUAAGGGAAAGCAAGGACUUCACCCCACGUCGUUGCCAACGGGCGUUUAAUACGUUUUGCCACCACUGGAUUAGACUGGAGCUCAUCCGAAAUGGCGCCCUCGUACAGGCGCUUGUGAUCCUUGAAAGGUGGAAAGAUCACCUUAAGAUGUUCGUGAGCUCAGCUAAAGAUAAAGGUUGGGAUUUGGCCGAUUGUGGUGUGGAUGAAUACUUCACUUCUAGCUGCACAGAUAUCUGCCAUAGCGACGCUUCUGUGGUCUCACAAGUUUUGGGCAUUUUGGAAGAUUUGAGACUUGCACUUGCUGCCGUUUAUUCUUCGCCCGCAUCUGGCGAUUUCGUCUCGGUUUCGUCACAGGCCAUGGAUACACUACUCACACAGAUAGAAAGCAUCCGCAAUACCUUCUUCGUUGUGGAUGAGGAGGCUAAUAGUCUUGCAUCGUACUUCAAGCUGCCACUGGAUCUGGUCAGCACACGAAUUCACGGAGCAACGGUGCCGCUCCAAACCUACGACAACUGCUUAUUUACCUCUGAGUGGGCGGGUUUAGAGGAAAGUAGUGCUUUUCACGGACCCACCACUCCGGGUGGUGGCACCGAAAAGAAAUUUGUAAACUUUCCGCUUCAGGGUGUAGUUGAAGCCAUGCCCGAUGACACGUCAUGGAUGCCGUGUAGAAUGAAUGAUCGUACAUCUCGUCUGAGUGGUGAAAAGGCGGAUGGCAAGCAGGGAGCCCAUACAAAUUUGGACAUGCGAUCGAAGAAGGUUAGCCGCCCCCCGAAUAGGCGGGGGCUCGUCACGCGGAGUGUACUCUUGAAAGACCUUACGCUCGCACUUCGAGGCGUUGGAGGAUCGUCGACUGUCACCGGAGUUCCUAAUGUGAAGAAGAUCGAGGAUAUGGUCAAGGAGAACUUGCCCACCACGUAUGAAACGGACCCAUUAUUUAAGGACAAGGCGGUGGAUACUGAGUGGCUGUUGAGGUUAUUUGAGAAUAUCCCCGCACUGUGUUAA